AAUAGAAAAUAUAUUUUAGAAAAGAAAAAUAUGUUUCUAUUUUUUUUUCUCGACUUUCGUUUCCGGGACUGACUUUGGGAACUCAUUUUCCGGAUAAGCAUUAUAUCUUUUAUUUAUAGUAGGAAUUUGUUAUAUGACUUAAUUAAGCAUGGAAACGAGUGGUGGUAGAUUCCUAAAAACACGUAGCGUUAACCUAAAUUAGGAUUAAAGAGAGUAUAAAGAUUCGAAGAUGAUGAACAAAAUACUCACUCCCCCACACCAAACCCUAAAGGACCAAUAAAUAAAGCAACCUCAUCACAAAAUGAGUUCCUCAACACGUUGCUUUGUUGUGGCCUUGUGUCUGGUGAUGAUUUCCUAUUCUCCCAUGGCAGCAAAGGGUGAACAAGGGUUGGCCGAACAGAUCUGCAUGGAAAGCAUCGACGACAAGGAGGGGUGUUUGGCGCUGCUAAAGCAAGCCGAUCCUAAGAUCGUGAAUGCAAGAAGCUUCAAACAUCUGGCAAAGGCAACCCUAGAGUGGGCCGUGAGCAAGGGAUCAGAGGGUCAAGCCUUCCUGAAGGAGUUGGCUCAGAUUGACAAUAGUCCAGCCAUAGUGCAAUGUGCGAAUUUCGAUUACGAUGGGGUGGUUGAAUCCUUCAAGAGCGCCUUAGCAGAGUUGAAAGAUGAUCCUGAAACCGCUAGCUAUGAUGCGAAAGUUGCCGGUGACGGACCUGGUUGUUGUGACAGAGGUUUGGCUUCAGCAAAUAUUAACAACCCUGCUAUUGCCGCUCUUAACCGCCAAAUAUUCCUCCUCAGCAGCUUGGCCUUCAAUGCCGUCAGUAAACUCGGUGAUUAAGUGAAUUCGACACCAUGCUCAAGCUAAAAGUGUGGGAUGUUGUUGCUAUAUAUAUAUAUUUUUUUCUGGUGUGGGGGAGUGCAAGUUAUAUAUUAAUGAAAUUAAACUUGUUGCUUCUACU